AUGAGAGCUGCGCUUUUCGCUGGCCUUGUUGGCCUCGCCUCCCUCUCCUAUGCUGGCCAUGCACCAAGGGACUACAAAGACAAUGACUACUACGUUAUACAGAUUGACUCCUCUGUUCCUCCAGAAGAAAUCGCGUCUCGCCUACAUCUUCGACACGAAGGUACCGUCGGUGCACUGUCCGACCAUCAUGUUUUCCGCUCUCGAAAAACUGAGCACGACGUCGUACGAAGAGAACUACUAGAAAGUAAGAGGAAGAAGCGCACACUAGAGGAGUACGAUGUGCUAGACAAUAUACGGUUCUCGGCUAAGCAGGAGCUGCGUCGACAUUUGCAUAAACGUGUGAUCCCGCCACCUCCUCCCGGGGCUCAUAUACCGCGUGCUGUCGCAGAUCCUGCCCUCUCGGCCGUCAAGAAACAGCAAACAAUCAUGGAUACCCUCAGCAUUAAGGAUCCGAUUUUUACGGCGCAGUGGCAUCUGUUUAAUUCUGUCGAGGUCGGCAAUGACGUCAACGUGACUGGUGUGUGGAUGGAGGGCAUUACUGGCAAGAAUGCUACCGUUGCCAUCGUCGAUGAUGGCUUAGACAUGCAUAGUGAGGAUCUUAGAGAGAAUUAUUUCGCUGAAGGCUCCUACGACUUCAACGACCACGAUCCAGAACCCGCCCCUGUGCUUUCAGAUGAUCACCAUGGCACGCGAUGCGCUGGAGAAGUCGCCGCUGUCCGCAACGAUGUAUGUGGUAUCGGUGUUGCGUAUGAGUCCAAGGUCGCAGGCAUCCGUAUUCUGAGCGCCGUCAUCUCCGACGAAGAUGAGGCCGAGGCUCUCAUGUACAAGAACGACAAGAACCAAAUCUAUUCAUGCUCUUGGGGCCCUUCUGAUGAUGGUCGCACUAUGGAGGCCCCCAGUGUUCUGAUCAGAAGGGCCAUGCUCAAGUCUAUUCAAGAAGGUCGAAAUAAGCUCGGCUCUAUCUUUGUCUUUGCCAGCGGUAACGGAGCGAAGAGUGGAGAUAACUGCAACUUCGAUGGCUAUACCAACUCCAUCUUCAGCAUCACAGUCGGCGCUGUUAGCAGGGAUAAUCAACAGACAUAUUACUCAGAACCUUGCUCCGCUCAGCUCGCGGUCACUUACAGCAGCGGUGGCAGCACUUCCGACGGCUUCAUCCACACGACAGAUGUCGGGUCAAACAGAUGCACAGAUCGUCACGGAGGAACUUCGGCGGCAGCUCCACUUGCCGCUGGUAUCUUUGCCCUGGUUUUGGAAGUUGACCCGGAGCUCAGCUGGAGAGACAUGCAAUAUCUCGUCAUGGACACAGCCAAGCCCUUUUCGGCCCCGGGUGUUGUCUGGAACCAGACAGGUAUUGGAAAGCAAUUCAGCCACGCGUUUGGUUAUGGCAAAAUUGACACCUACGACCUUGUGCAGAAAGCCAAGACUUGGAAGAAGGUGAAGCCUCAAGCAUGGUUCUUUUCUCCUCGGCUUGAGGUCAAUGGGGCGAUUCCUGAAGGGCCAACCGGCAUUAGUGCCAAUUUUACUGUCACGAAGGACAUGCUAAAGGAGGCAAAUCUGGAACGAUUGGAGCAUGUGACAGUCUUCAUGAAUGUCAACCAUACUCGACGGGGUGACAUUAGCGUCGACUUGAUCAGCCCAUCCAACAUGGUCAGUCAGAUCGCAACUACUCGCAGCGGUGACGAGCACUAUGCCGGCUAUGUUAACUGGACCUUCAUGAGCGUUGCUCACUGGGGUGAAUCCGGUGUUGGAAAGUGGACUUUGGUUGUUAGAGAUACAGAGCAAAACAAACACAACGGUUCAUUUGUCGACUGGCGCUUAAAGCUAUGGGGUGAGUCUAUCGAUGCCAAAAAAGCCACCGAACUGGGUAUGCCUACAGAGGAUGAGUAUGUCGAUCUUCCUGUUACGCAAAGUCCUACGCCAACAGCCAGCCCCACGCCUACAGCCACUGCUUCACCUACUACUACUGCUACUGCUACUUCCACCGUUCCGCCAUCCUGGUUCCCCGGCUUUGGGUCCAAGACAGCAAUGCUGUGGGUUAUUGGUGCUGCUGUUCUUAUUGUGCUCUUCUGUAUUGGCUUGUGUAUUUACCUCUUCAUCGCUCGAAAGCGUCGUAACACGCCCCGUGACGACUAUGAGUUUGAGCUACUUGAUGAAGAAGAGGCCGAUGGUCUGAAUAGCAAUGAGAAGGGCGGUGAAGGCCGCCGAACCCGCGGUGGCGAGCUAUAUGAUGCAUUUGCCGGGGCCAGUGAUGACGAGGAAGAAUUUGAUGAAUACAGAGAUCCGUCAACGGAAAGAUUGGCUGGUAAUGGGUAUGAAGAGGAUCAAUAUGUCGUGGGUGAGGAGAGCGAUGACGAGGGCAGUUCAGGCGCGGCCGAAACAAUGCCCCUUGGCGGAGGAAGCCGAUCAUAA